AUGUCAUCCCUAAGUUUACAGCCAUCUUAUGCGACCGCCGAAGCGGCCAUCGGCGCGAUCAACACCAUACAAGCAAGUGAGGGAUUUGUGACUGUGAAAUCCGGCGGCGGUUAUUCGAGACGCACGGGGCUACGAAACUUCUAUUAUAUUCGAUGCCAACACAGCGGCAGCUACAGGCCAAGUACCUCAAAUUCAAACAUUUACAAGACCUCGUCAAGGAAAUCCCAGUGUCCGUUCAAAGCCCAAGUACGGCUAAAUCCUCACGACAACACCUGGGUUCCUGUAAUCAAGGAUAGCCAACAUAACCACGAACCGGUUCUUUCUCCCCUAGAUUCAAGCAUUCUACGGCUUCGAAGCCAACAAAACUACGGCCUAGAAAAGAUUCAGUCAAGGGUCAAAACCCUCAGUCAGAUGAAAACGUUGACCGCGAAGCAAAUCGCUGCGCGAAUUAUGAGCGAAUGCCCCAAUGUCUACAUUAUCGACACGGAGGUGUUUUUCAUGCAACGUCAAUUACGCCCCUCAAAUCGUAACUCGGGGACAUCAGCACAAAAUUCAGCGUCAAACCAGCUUCCCGCAGAAUCUGCGUCGCAAGCCUCGUCGCGAGCAUCAACACCAGCUUCUAGCGACACACCAGCUUCUACCGCCUCAAAUCGCGGUGGCAUCAGGCGGCGGGGUCGCGCCCGGCAACGACACACCAUGGCCAGCCUCGUCGCGCGGGUUGCAGAGCUGGAACAGCUUGCCGGUACUGCUACGGCACGAAUGGAGGCCCUCGCGAAUGCCGUCAUAAGCUCGCACCAAGCUGCCAUUACUGCGAUUCAAGCCUCACAGGCACCAUGGACUAAUUUGCCUUUGGCGCAGUCAAGAGAAGGAGAUUUUACCGGCAGCGCACCUGUUUUUACAUCAAUGCCAAGUCAGGCACUCUUUGGGGACCCUGUUGGCGCGGCUGCUAGUCAUGCUCAAUUUGUGCAAUACGAGCCGCCGGCACAGGGCCGUUGA